UCUAUGUUUAUCAAGUGCUUUAGUUUAAAUUUUAGUGUGCCGUGUUAAGGAACGGUACUAACAAAAUAAAAAAUAUCUAAACUUUUAAACGGAUUAUAAAAUAAAUAAAAUACCUAUAUUUAUAAUAUUUUAAAAAGGAUAUAUUAUUCCUGUACAAAAAAAAAAAGUGUUAAAAUGGAGGCUGUAAUAGAUACAAUUUUUAAUUCUGGAGAAGUGGAUACUCGUUUUGGUUUAAGCUCUCCCACAUUUGUAAUUUCCGUUAUUUUAUCAUAUUUAUUAUUUGUAUAUAAAAUAGGACCCAGAUUAAUGCAAAAUAGACCACCAUUAAAUUUAAAACAAUUUAUGAGCAUAUACAAUAUCGUACAAGUUUCAUCGUGUUUAUACCUAGUAAAUGGUAUAUGGAGUCUAUUAUCCUGGGAUUUAUUCAAUUUCAAUAAAUGUAUAUACUACUCAGCAAACACACCGGGAAGUGAACUAUUUGAUAAAUUAACCUAUUUUACAUUUUGGUUGAAAAUAGUAGAAUUAUUAGAUACAAUAAUAUUUGUAUUGAGAAAGAAAGAAAAUCAAAUAACAUAUUUACAUGUUUUCCAUCAUUCAUCGACUAUUACUUUAGUAUAUUUGCUAUUGAAAUAUUAUAGAGGCAAUGGCCCCUUAUUUCCCAUCUAUUUGAACAGUUGGGUUCAUGUCAUCAUGUAUACGUAUUACUUCUUUGCCAAUAUUUGCAGUGCUGAUGUUAUGAAGAAAUUUAUUCUGAUUAAAAAAUCCAUAACCAUUAUACAAAUGAUACAGUUCUGUUUCAUAUUGGCUCAAGCGGCUAUUAUGUGGACAAAUUGUCAAAUUCCUUUCAUAUUGAGAGUCUAUCAUUGUGUUGUCGUAGGUAUUAUAUUUUAUGGUUUUUAUGAUUUCUACAAGAAGGCCUACACAAAUCCAAGUGUUAACAAAUUAAAAAAUAAAAUUAAGUAAUUUUUUGCAUUACUUUUUAUAUGUAUAUGUUUAUAACUAUUUGUUUGUGUUAGCAAUAAGAUAGGCAAAUAAUAAAAAAAUCUAA